AUGCUGCCGCUGCUGCCGCUGCUGCCACCGCUGCUGCGCGCUGCACGCCGUUGGAGGUGCUCCUGCGCGGUUGUGGCGCUGGACGGGGGCCUGUGGGUCCUCGGCGGCGGCGACUGGGGCAACGAGCCACUGCCCACCGCGGAGAGGCUGAGCCUGGCGACGCUGGCCUGGACCUCGCGGCCGCCCAUGCGGGAGGCCCGCAGAGGCUGUGUGGCCGGAGCGCUGGCUGGCCGGGUGGUCGCCGUCGGCGGCUCGGGCCGCGGCGGGGCCGACGGCGUGCUGGGCUCUGCCGAGUGGCUCGACCCCGCCGAGGGCGCCUGGGAGCCCUUGCGCGGCCUGCGGCAGGCUCGCUCUCGCUGCGGGGUCGCCACGGUGCGCGGGGGCCUCUACGUGAUGGGGGGCUGCGGGCCCGGCGGCGCUGCCUUGGCGAGCGUGGAGCGGCUGGACGCCCAGAGGAGCCGCGCGUUCUCUCGUUUUGGGGCGGGGGGCGGGGCCGGCACAGGAGGCGCGGCCAGCGCCGCGCUGGGGCGCCUGCGGGAGCGAAGUCGGCAGGCUCGGUACUGGCUGGGGGUACGGCUGUCCAGGCGCGAGGGGUGA